CACACACACACACACACUUACGCAGAGGCUAAACCGUUAUCUUACAGUUUGUCUGAAACGCAGAAGAGAAGAAAUACAUGGAGGUUUCAGGAGGAGAUUUAAAUAAACCUACGGUGAAGAUUUCCUUGGACUGAAGACAGAGAAAGGAGAAAGCAGGUGAAGCAGCAGAUGGCACCAUGUAAAUUCCUGAGGACCAUGAAGGUCACACACAAGCUGCUGUUUGCUCUGUGCCCCAUGCUGGUCCUGGGCUUCAUCUACUACUCCUCUGGGAAGCUUCAGCUCCACUUAUGGGGCUACAAAUCACUUGUAGCCGUGAGGCCGUUGGUUUCUCUAAAGAGCGCACAAGCUAAAGCUUUACCUACAGUGACUACAGGGCUGAAGGGAGCAGAGCCGCACGGAGCCACUAACCAUUUCAUCCGAACUUCUUUUCAAUGGAUUGAGUCGACAAUGGUGGACAUCGUCUCCAAGGGAAAGGUAGUAGACUCAGCGUUCGAUAACCAGGGCUUUCUUCUGACGCUGGACGCAAAGCUCCCGGUGGAGUUGGUGCAUCAGUACGGGAACCUCAGCACCGGAGCCUGUAAACCCGGCUACGCUGCCGCCAAGAUGGCUGCUAUCUUUCCAAAGUUCGUAAAGCCAGCACCUAUGUUUCUUGACCGGAACUUUAAGCGAUUAGCGAAAGUCAACAACUAUUUACCUCCGUUUGGAUUGAAAACACAAGAAAGAGUCAUAGACACUAUAUUAACUGCUACAAAGAUCUUUGGACUGAGUCCAGUACUUGACAGAUUGAGUUGUAAAAGAUGUAUAAUAGUGGGGAACGGUGGAAUCCUGGCCAAUAAGUCACUGGGCUCCCGUAUCGAUGAGUACGACAUUGUAGUGAGGUUAAAUCAAGCUCCGGUGAAGGGUUACACACGUGACGUCGGUACCAAAACCACCAUGAGGAUAACGUACCCUGAGGGAGCUUUCCAGAACAAAAGCCAUUACGAGAAAGACUCUCUGUUUGUCUUCAUGGCCUUCAAACCCGUCGACUUUAAAUGGCUGAGGAACAUGAUCUUCAGGGAGAAAUUGAAAGGUACUGAGGGCUUUUGGAAGUCUGUGGCUCAGAAUGUGCCCAAGGAACCCUCGGAGAUGAGAAUUCUCAACCCUUACUUCAUCCAAGAAGCUGCUUUCCAGUUCAUCGGCCUGCCGAUGAACAACGGCCUCAUGGGUAAAGGGAACAUCCCAACACUUGGUACUGUUGCUAUAACAAUGGCCCUGCAUAAUUGUGAUGAGGUUGCCGUCGCUGGAUUCGGCUACGACAUGAACACCCCUAAUGCACCCUUGCACUAUUACGAGACCGUUCAAAUGUCUGCCAUCAAAGAGUCGUGGACUCACAAUAUCGUCAAGGAGAAGGAGUUUCUCCAGAAGCUGGUGAAGGCCAACAUCAUCACAGACUUGACAAACGGGAUCUGAUCGUCCCAGUGUGGACGCUUGUAACACAGAGCAAGAAAUCGAGGAUGCUGGGAAAUUCGGAGAACCUCGAGGUGUCCGGCUGCAGGUGGAGACGAGGGGGACGUGAUAUAACGAAAAACACGCAUACGUGCCUUCUGAGCGAAAAGCUUCCUCCGACCCGAACAUCCGGAGAGACCGACUUUUCCACAUCGUUCCUCUGUUCCACAUUGAUCCUCGAGUUCGAUUUGAGGCAUGCGUAAUCAAAGACCCGAGAGGUGGCGAACAAAACAAAUGCGCUUGACGCAAGAACUAGACUGAUUGUGCCAAACGUACCUCUUUGGAGGAGAAAGAUCUCCUCUACAACAUGAAUGUAUUCACUGUGUAGAUUCCAACGGUUCUUAGUGUUGUUUUAUAAUCACGCCUUCGUUUUUCCGUCCGCUCUGCGCCAUUUUCUUCAUGCGAGGGUCGAACGUCGGCCUUCGUCCAGCGACACAAAAUGUAUUGUUAAGAACGGAUAGGAUGCCUAUUCUUUUCUUCUUUUUUUUUAAAUUAUUUAUUGAGUGACUUGAGCUCUCUUUAAUCGGAGAGAGAAUUUUUAAUGUUUUACUCUGUUUAACGGAAGGUUUGGUGUUUUAUUAAUUAUUUAAUUUUAAUUAUUUGAUUUUUUUUUUUUUUUUUUUUUUUAUCCUCGUUUAAUGACAUUUGCAUUCUCACUCUCAGUGUAUCUACAGUACAAAUCACUUAAGACUGCAGCUGAACAGUUCCUCUAAUUCAUCGUUACUCCAAGCUGCCCUGCUGUUCGUCUCGUGCAUCUGCCGUGUCGAACAGCUUCCUGCUGAAAGUACCGAAGGUCUGGAAAUCAAAAAUGCCUGAAAAUUACAAACGUUUUUACUUUUUUGAUAACAUGACUCGUUUCGCCCGGUCGACAGUUAUUUUCCAAAAUGUGUUGCCUUUGUACUUUUUCGAAGCGUCGUCGUCUGUAUUUUUAAAACUUUGUAUUGAGAUUCGUCAAUACAGUCGUUUGUAAUUUCAUAAGCUGUAUAUUUUUGGUGAACGAACAUAACGUUCUGAAUCACAGUCAGGGGAAAAGGAACCUUGCCCUUUUUUUUUUUUUUUUUUUUUUUUUAUUUUGCAUUGUGUCAUUUCUUUUGCUAGUUUUGUUUAGUUUUGCACAGUAGAUGUUCUCACGUUGCAGCUGUAGAGAUUCACAGCAAACAAGCCAAAAGUGUGAUGAGCUCCCCAGGAGAACAUCGAAUAAAACAAAAGGUUUAUAGAAACGCACAUGCUAAUACAGCAGCUGACAAAUCAUUAGCCCAGUCACACUGGUUUUUUUAUUAGCUCAGUUUCCGUCGAAGUUGCAUAUGGCUACAUGCUCACAUGCUGGAUUGUCUGCGUUAAAGUACUUAGCUAGAUAACCUGUUCACCUUAUGUUAUUACGUUACGGUUACCGCCGCUUUUUACCCUCGUCAGUUGGGUUUCCAGGAUAAAGCGCUAGCCUGGCAGCACGCCGGAGCUUUUACUUAUGUGGUGAGCUAGAUAAUCAACCGUAUGAUUCGUCCGCUCUGUAACGUAAACGAAUUCGUACGACUUCAGCAGUAGCGGUGUCGCUAGGAUAAAAUAAUUCGACGACUUUGGAAAUCGGCACCUCGUGUGAGCUUCAUCUCAGCAAGCGGGAAUUAUGACUGGAAAUGAACAGAAAUGGGUAAAUCGGUGAGGUUUGUCUCCGAACAAACCACAGCAUCAGCAGUGAACAAAAUGUAAAGAAGUGAUUUUUUUAUUAUUAUUAUAUAUAUAUAUAUAUAUAUAUAUAUAUAUAUAUAUAUAUAUAUAUAUAAUUGUCUUCAAAGGCAUAAUAAAUGUGUCGGCCAUUGUUACGUUUCGGAAAGUGUUCAUAUCUUAGCCGAGUUUGACCUUCCUUUGUGUAUUUGUGAUCAGUAUAUCAGUCCUAUGUUGAUGUUAUUUACUGACACACAAACACACACAACAAAAAAAACCCAGAAAGAGAAAUAAAUUUGUCUGGAGCAAGUGGACUGGUCAAACUAGGCUAAGCAUAUCGUAUUUAUUAUGUUUGGAGAAUUGUGUAAUACUGGAUACAGAGUAUCUGAAUCUUAUGCCAAAGACGUGUAUGCAGUAAUGUAGUAUUAUUACAGUAAGUGCUUCCUGACCUGUGUCCUGAUCUCUGUCAGCACUUCAACACCACAACAGAGCGUUCUUCUAAACCGUGGACUCCAUCAUCGUUACUGUAUUGCCUUGUAAGAGUUUUCUGUUGGGUUUUUUUUUUUUUUUUGGACAAAUCAUCGUCAAAGCAGCUACAGCAGCAUGAAGAGCGAGCGAUCCAUCAGAUUUUUGAGAAAGCUGGAAUACAACUGAUCAUUGUCAUCCAGAGCUGAUCAUUGUGUCAUCCAGAGCUGAUCAUUGUGUCAUGCAGAGCUGAUCAUCGUGUCAUGCAGAGCUGAUCAUCGUGUCAUCCAGAACAUGCAUGAUAAUAUCCAACACCUACCUUCACUUAUCAGAUAGGUGGGACUGUGUCUUAUGCUGUCGAAUAACAUAAAAAAUAAAAAGUGACAAACAGAAA